AUGAAGGAACUGGAUCUCGGUGGCGGCGGGACAGCAUACUACACCUACGACUCGACAGGCCAGCGCAUUCGAAAGGUCAUUGAGAAGGGACCGAACCUCACUGAAGAGCGUCUCUACUUGGGAUCCGUCGAGUUCUUCCGCAAGAAGUCUGCAUCCGCGUCCUUCGAACGAGAGACGCUACACAUCCUCGACAACAUGAAGAGAAUCCCUCUAGUAGAAACGCGAGUAGAAGACACAGCUGGUACCGACCGCGCUCCACCGCAACUAAUCCGCUACCAAAUUUCGACAGCCAACGGCUCCAGCGUCAUCGAGCUCGAUGAUGAAGCCAAGACCCUUUCAUACGAGGAGUAUUCACCCUAUGGAAGCACAACCUAUCAAGCCUCUAUACCCACCCUCGAAACACCAAAACGCUACCGCUUCACCUCCAAAGAACUUGACGAAGAGAGCGGCCACUCCUACCACGGAGCACGCUGCUAUGCGCCCUGGUUAGCCCGUUGGAUCAACGUGGAUCCUAUCGGCACCGGAGACGGGUUGAAUGUGUACCUGUACUGCCACGCAAACCCCAUCGGACGCAUCGACCCAACCGGAAAUGCAGAUAUUCCUGACGAGUCCUUUGCUAGCUUUGAUCCGUUGAUGAGCUCGAUUGAUAACAGCGAUUUUGGAAAGUCACUUAUUACGCCCCGGCCUGCGCUCACGCCGUUGGCAACGCCAAUGUCAAAACAGCAAGCGCGAGACUAUGGAAACACGCAAGCAGCACGGCAGCGCGCCUAA